AUGUUCAGCCUCUCGCCGCAGCACCUCGCGGCGCCCUAUGCGCCGGCGUGGCUUGUCCACUCGCGCUUCUUCGUGCCCGCCUCGUGGGCCGUCGCCGUCGCUUCCGUGCUCGCCGCCGUCGUUGCGCUCUUUCCCGGCGCACGCACGGCGCUCGCCUUUGCCUACCACUGCUUCCUCGCACCCAUCGGCAGCGGCAAGAACCAGAGCGAGCGCCUCGACCGCUUCUACCAGGGCCAGGCCGGCGUCUACGAUGCGACGCGCAGCGGCCUGCUGCGUGGCCGCCGCACGAUGCUCAAGCUCUGCGCGGCGCAGCUGCGCGAGAUGCAGCGCACGAACCCCGGCAAGCCGCUUGUGUGGGUCGACAUUGGCGGCGGCACCGGCUGGAACAUCGAGGAGAUGGCAAAGUACUUCCCGCUCGAGGAGCUCUCGCAGAUCUACCUCAUCGACCUGUGCGAGCCGCUGCUCGAGGUCGCGCGCCGCCGCUUCGCCGCCAAGGGCCUGAAGAACGUGCAGGUGCUCUGCCAGGACGCCAAGGAGUUCGAGCUGCCCGGCCUGCCGCAGGGCCGCAAGGUCGACCUGUUCACGUGCUCGUACUCGAUCUCGAUGAUCCCGCCGUUCUACGCCGUCAUGGACCGCAUCGAGUCGAUGCUCGACACCGAGACGGGCGUGUACGGCGUCGUGGACUUCUACGUCUCGGGCCGCUCGGCGCCCUCGGCAGACAAGAGCGCGCUCAUCGGCGGCGACACGCGCCGCCAGUGCGGCUGGCUCUCGCGCUUCUUCUGGUCGCACUGGUUUGAGCUUGACCACGUCGAGCUGCACCCGGCGCGCCGCGACUACCUCGAGUACAAGUUCGGCACGAUCAAGUGCUACAACGGCCGCAACAACUUCAUCAUUCCCUUCAUCGUUCGCAUCCCGUACUACAUCUGGCUCGGCUGCUCGCGCCAGCGCGACACGACUGCGGCCAUUGAGGCGUUUGAGGUGGAGGCCGGCAACCGCGUGAUCUGCCCGCCCUCCUUCCCGGAGCUCUCCUUCUCGCACCUGCUCGAGAAUGCCAAGACGCAGCAGCAGCUCUCGGAGAAGAACCUGGAGCGCUCCCUCUCGAGCGCGCACUCGCUGUCUGACGUCAAGAUCUCGGGCGUCGUGCGCCGGCGCGGCUCGGACGGCGACGAGAGCGCACGCUCGGGCGCGAGCUCCUCGUGCCGCCUUGACCUCGGCCCGCAGAUCCCGCUCAGCAGCUUCCACUACCAGCGCCGUCAAUGGCGCCUGCCUUUCGUCGACAACGAGUUUGCGAGCCAGUUCCGCACCUGGAUCUACGGCUUCGCGUGGGAGGACCCGUACGUCGACAUGGAGCACUUCGACAUUGGCAAGGACGACUCGGUGCUGUGCAUCACGUCCGCCGGCUGCAACGCGCUGCACUAUGCCAUCGCGGGCCAGCCGAAGCGCAUCCACUGCGUCGACAUGAACCCGUGCCAGGGCCACAUCCUCGAGCUGAAGCUGGCCUGCAUCGCCGCGCUGUCGUACGACGAGUUCUGGGCGCUCUUCGGCGAGGGCAAGCACGCCGACUUCCGCACGCUCCUCGACACGAAGAUCUCGCCGUACCUCUCCUCGCACGCAUACCAGUUCUGGCGCCUCAACACGGCCGCCUUCGACCGCAACUUCUACUUCCGCGGCUACUCGGGCCACGCGCUGCGCCUCGGCAAGGCGGCCUUCACCAUCGGCCGCGUCAACAAGGACGUCAAGGCCGUGUGCAACGCGACGUCGAUCGAGGAGCAGCAGCGCCUGUGGAACCGGCGGCUGCGCGGCACCAUCAUCAACCGCCCGCUCAUCCGCUGGUUCCUCUCGAACCCGGCGUUCCUGUGGAACGCGCUCGGCGUGCCCGUCAACCAGAUGAACUGCUUCCUCAACGAGGGCGUCAGCGUCGAGCAGUACGCCAUCGACACCCUCGACGCCAUUCCGGGCCGCGGCCUCUUCUCGACGGAGAACUACUGGUACCGCCUGUGCCUGAUGGGCAACUACUCCAAGGAGUCGUGCCCGCUGUACCUCAAGGAGGCCAGCUUCAAGCUGCUCAAGGAGGACGCGUGCCGCCGCCUCGACUCGUUCCGCCUGCACACCGACUCGAUCGUCAAUGUGCUGCGCGGCCUCGAGGAUGCGAGCCUGACGCGUGCCGUCACGAUGGACCACAUGGACUGGUAUGACCCCGUGCCCGCCUCGCAGCCGGCACCGACGCUCAAGCAGGCGCGCAACGACGCCGACAAGAGCGUCAGCGACCUGGACCGCGAGAUCGUCGAGCUGGCGCGCUGCAUUGCGCCCGGCGGCGCCGUCUUCUUCCGCUCCGCCGGCCGGCGCCCGUGGUACGUGCAGCGCUUCGAGCUGCUCGGCUUCCAGACGCGCCCGAUCCACGUGCGCGAGACGGGCAAGCCGAUUGACGGCGUCAACAUGUACGCCUCGUGCUGGGAGUGCCGGCGCGUGUAG